AUGAAUCCAGAUCCUGGGAGCUUUCACCAGGAGUUCUCCCAGGACAUACCUCAAAGGCGCUGGAACCUCUUCCAGCUCCGUGUCCGGCAUGGCACAGGAAAGGGAACGCUUCUGGAGGUCUCCCCCACUGAUACUGUGAGGGAGUUGAAGCAGCGCAUAGAAGCGGGCCAUGGGUUCAAGGUUGAGGAUCAGCGCCUGGUAUGCCAAGGUGGCCUCUUGGCAGAUGAGCGCAUGCUGGGGUCCUACGAGCUUGACCACAGCUCUGUGGUAACCUUGGUCCCUCAGCUGCACCUGCGGCACGGAAGUGGCCUGAACGGCGGCGUUGGGUGGAACAAGAGCCGUGGCCCAGGAAAAGUAAUGCCGUAUGAUGCUCCGAGGGGCUUUCACAUGAUCCCGGGCAACGAAAAGUGGAGGCCGGAUGCGGCUGGGCGCACCAACGUGCACGAAGCCGACCUCUACUUCAACAGCAAAAAGGCGCCAGCGCCAUGGGAGAUCCUCUCUCACAAGUACAAUGUGUCGAGCAAGGACGGCCCUCCACCACCGCGACGGGCCGCUGCUGGAGCCUGGCCGCUUCAACGCAAGAGCACCGAAACUGGCAUGGCGACCACAAGAUGUCCCGUCACAG